AUGACAGCGGAAGGUGCUUUCAAAAAAUUAAAACCUGAACCUGGCGGGACAGUGGGAUCUUCUGGUGGUGCCUCAGCCUUGUCACCUGCAUUAGGUCCUCAGCAUGCAGGUCAUACACCCACUACAGCAUCUUGUCCAACGCCUGCACGUCGCAGACAUAGAACAACGUUCACACAGGAACAAUUAGCUGAAUUAGAAGCGGCAUUCGCCAAAUCACAUUAUCCCGACAUCUACUGCAGAGAGGAACUGGCGCGGACGACCAAGCUCAACGAAGCGAGAAUACAGGUGUGGUUUCAAAACCGUCGUGCAAAGUAUCGCAAACAAGAAAAGCAGCUACAGAAGGCCUUGGCGCCAGCAGUGCUUCCCGGCUGCAAUGGCAUGAUGCGUAAUAUUCAAGGAUAUAGAGGAUACCAACCGUAUCCGCACCCGAACACUAUUAAUCGAUAUCCGCAGCAUCACGGCAGCUACGAGGAACUGCAAAAGGAUAUAUUCUCGCUAUCACAGAUGGGAGGCAGCUCUUACCCCAUGCCCCAGGGCUUCUCUAUGGGGCAUAGCGCAAACAUGAGCGCUGUUGGCAUGCGGCAGGAUACUAUGGGCAUGAGCGCCGAAGACGAAUGGUACAACAAGUCUUUAUCAGCGCUGAGGAUGAACAGCGGCCACCACGCAAAUCUGGCAGCCGCGCCAAUGUUGCAGUACCAGACCUAA